AUGAACCCCUUGAUACUCUGUCUGUUUGUCUGCCUUUGGAUGGCGGCAUCCACAGCGGCACACAUGUUCAUGCACUCUCCCUCUAAAAGGACAAUAACAAGUCAUCCGCUUUUAGAACGAACUCCCAACACGGAAGAGGCGGAUAACUAUUACACCAUGCAGAACGUGCUCAGCGUACCUCUGGGGAGGGAGGACCACUCCGUCCUGUACGACGACCUUCCGGACAAAAUAAAAAAUAAAAUGGUGGACAAUAUGGAAGUGCAAAAAAUAAACAGAUUGAAAUUCUUUGCUCGAACCAAAGCAUUCAAGAAUUUACAAAAAAAUUAUGAAAAGAAGGAAUCCAAUGUGGAACAGCUGUACAACCAUAUGCGGGAAAUUAUAAGCGUCGCUCUUAGCAUCCCCGUAAGGGAAGUGAACCUGCAUGACAUUAAUAUGUUACUUGCCAAAUGGAGAAUGCUCAGCAGAGAGAGGAUCAACCUAGAUGAGCAAAACAAGGACGAACGUUACUUUAAGAGCGUGAAAAGGCAUGGUGUCCAUCCCAGUAGUGUAACUCCUUCUACAGUAAUGAAGAAUACACAAAACAUGGGAGAAAGAAAUGGCCAAGGGAACCUUUUUAUUGACCCUGAUUACUUCCUCCAGUUGGUUCUCUGA